AGAAAAAAAAGAAAAAAAAAGACCCACUAACAGGUGACACCUGUCACAAGUUCACUACAUUUGAAUACAGGUGAAUACAUUGAGAUAAAUAUGUCAGGGUGGAUACUAUGAAAGACUAUUGAGCCUGUCUAGACAGAAUGACCGACGGGCCUCUGUGUUAGACAGUGUGACCCUGUGUGGAGGGGGGGACUCCUGCUCAAGGGCUAUACUCUAGCAUGGAAGGCGGUUGAAGACAUUAACUUAGCUAUACCCAUAACAAAAACAAGUUGUUUUUUGUGGUAUUUAAGGCUUUACUUUUUUUUGUGAUGUAUGUUGCUCAAAUAUUCAAUGUGUAUAACUGUCAUGGAUAGCGAUAUGGGAUUUGUGAUGGAGAUCUAGAAUUUUGAUUACACUGUAACUCGAAUGUGAUAACUAGGUUACAGCAGACAGUGUUUACUGAAUGGGGCUUCUAGGCCCUUGGUUGGUGGUCCGUUCCUCUUGGGCUACAGCUAACAUUUGGUAACCUACAGAAUAGUUUCAGAUCCACUGGUCAGUUGAUAGACAUGGCAUAACAGUUGAGCGUUGCAAGCACCAUGCUCUAUCAGCCAUUUGGUAACCUACAGAAUAGUUUCAGAUCCACUGGUCAGUUGAUAGACAUGGCAUAACCGCUGAGCGUUACAAGCACCAUGCUCUAUCAGGCAUUUGGUAACCUACAGAAUAGUUUCAGAUCCACUGGUCAGUUGAUAGACAUGGCAUAACAGUUGAGCGUUGCAAGCACCAUGCUCUAUCAGGCAUUUGGUAACCUACAGAAUAGUUUCAGAUCCACUGGUCAGUUGAGCGUUACAAGCACCAUGCUCUAUCAGCCAUUUGGUAACCUACAGAAUAGUUUCGGAUCCACUGGUCAGUUGAGCGUUACAAGCACCAUGCUCUAUCAGCCAUUUGAAAGUAACAGUUUAAUACACAUUUUGAUUAUCAUGUAUGUUCCUAGUUGAACAGAUUGGAAAAGGAUGUGUUGGCAAGAGUUUUUAUUGUCAAUUUCUCUGUUUGCUGAAGUAUACUCAAAAUAGUAGCAUUUAUUUGAUCAUUUGAAUAUUAAUGAAUUUGAACGUAUUUGAACUGCAUGUGUCAUUGACGUUAAACUAGAGAAAACAGAGAAGUUGUUAAAAACAUCAUUCCUAUUCUUAACAUUGCUAUUCAUUGAUGCGGUGUGGUUUAACAACAGUGUCUUGCAACAUUUGAGCCAUACUGUAUUGCUUAAAAUAAUAAUCAAUGAUUCGGUUGAGGGGCUUUUCAUGACAGAAAGUAUGCUCCCCAAAAUGCAGUAGGAAAAGGGAAAGAGAUGUAAUGACGGGGUUCACUGAGAACGCAGGUUGUAGUGAUUUGAGUGAUACCAAGAUGUUCUCAGGGUGGAGCAAGACGAUGAUGCCUGCAAAGGAUUUGUGUGCUAAUGACAUCAAUAAAGUAACAGCCCAUGAAUGUCAGGGGUGACUCUUGUCUCCAGCUGUCCAAAUUUAGCCUGAUCAAAAUUGUUCCAACAAGUUUUAAUAGUCAAAUGGAUCAGAUUUCCCCUCCCUUCCUUGAAGUGUCCAAAUUGCUCAAUUAGCAGCCAGUGUUCAUUAAUCAUUCUUGAGCUGGAUACACAAGCCUGUUCUAAUUUUAGGCUUAUGAGUCAAAUAGCACCCUAAUGCUAAAAACAUUUAUCUUCCUCAUUGUCUUUUUGUUACAGGGUCUGAAGCACACAUUCCUCCAUCAUGUCUGAGAAAAGGAUGACCUCGAGCCGCAAGCAUCAUCUAAAGAGCUUGUGUCUCUCGAUUGCGGCUACUUUUCUGGCAGCAGAGUAAAAGGAGUCCAUGCAAGAGAAAGAAGAUUUCAUGGCUCAGAUCCCCAUCAUGGAUUUGUCUGGAAAUCAAGCGGUGCUGGUGCGGGGGAUAUAAUUUCACACAGACAUCUUGGCAAAGCCUUCAUCAGUAUGUCAAAUGAAAGGAAAUGAUAAAAAAAAGUUGGCCCAGACCAUUGACAAGGUUGAUGAGGAAAGAUAUGACGCCGAGGCAAAAGUGAAGAAGACAGACAAAGAGAUCGAGGACCUGAAGAUGAAAGUGGUUGAGAUCCAGGGCAUAAAGAAGCCAGCUCUGAAGAAAGUGCGUAUGUCUGCUGAUGCUAUGCUCCAGGCUCUGCUGGGCACCAAGCACAAGGCUUUCAUGGAUUUCAGAGCCAACUUGAAAGAAGUCAAAAAGGAAGUCAAAGAGGAGGAGGAAGUCAGUGACUGGCAUAAGAACGUUGAUGAACAGUCUGGCAUGGACGGCAGGAAGAAGAAGUUUCAGUCUGCAAAAAUUACCAAAUUAGUUUUGGUGUUCAAAACUACGGAGGAUACAGAGUGAUUGAUCUAUCUUUUUUGUUAUUUUGUUGUACUGUUACAGAGUUGGAUAUGGAAGACCUAAGGUUGAGAUUUGAGGCAAAGACAUGUUUAUCUUACAGCAUAAGAUAAGCCCUUAUAAACUGUAAACUGUAAUUGAAUUGUAAAUUAUUUUCCAAAUAUAUAGGCUUACUGAAAAUAUAUACAACUGCCAAACUGCAGUAAUUCAAUAAAUGUUGGCAACAUGGUGGAAACAUGAACAUAGUGGAAACAUGAACAUAGUGGAAACAUGAACAUAGUGGAAACAUGAACAUGAACAUGGUGGAAACAUGAACAUAG